AUUAAUUCUAAAUUCAAAUGGAACCUAAAGAAACAAAGCCAGAAGGCAAAGAAGAGAGCACGAAAGUGCAUGGACUUGACGAAAGAGUUCAAGAGGUCGAACAUAUUAGAAAGAUGACAAGUCUUCGUCAUAGAUUCGUAGAUGAGGUCCCUCCUACUGUAACGUUUCCAAAGACUAUCUUUGACGAUUCAAGCGCAUCUGAGGAUAAGGAUUUAUUAUAAAUAGAGAUUCAGAAGAUGAAGCUACCAGAAUGGAAAGGAAGAUCUUGCUUGAAAAAGUGCAAUCUGAAAAUAAAUGCAGGGACCAAAACAAAGAUCUGAUCCAAGAACUCACUGAAGAAGUCAUGGAGUAUACAAGUGCUUUAAACAGAUAUAACAAAAUACCGUUCAAGGAAGACGGAAGAGAAGUCUAUUUGAUAAAUAUUGACUGGAUGAAUCUUUGGAGAAAAUACACAUGAUAUGACCAAAUAUCCAAGGGCGAAGAUCCAGAGCCUGAAGAUCUCAAUCAUUUCAACAAAUACAGGCCUCCUUUUAUUAACAAUGAGACUUUGUUGAUUAAAAAUCAUACUCGGUAUUUCACUCCUGACCAAGGAAAUUACUUGAACAAUAUAAUUCCUCCAUAUUAUGGAGUUGGCAAAGAUUUUGAGAUUGUAGAUAAAGAAAUUUGGAAAAUGUUUGAAGCAAAAUAUAAAGGAAUUCCCAUUAAAAGGUUUCACAGAGGAGAUAGGUGCACAAACACAGAGAUAGAUUUGUACAUUCACUCUUUUGAUGCUGUGAUAUUCCCUCCUCUCAAAACUUUGAAGGAAAGUAUGGUCACUCUUGAAAGCAAAUAAGCUAUACAUUAGUAAGCACGAUACUGUUUUAAAGAUGAAGGAAAGAAUUGCAGAAAUUGGUCAAUUUAUCUACAAUAUUGAUUACACAAAAGAUCUGGAUAAAAUCAGGGUCUGGAAAUACACAACAGAGCACUUCAAAACUGAUGAUGACUUCAUCAAAUGGGUAAACAAAGAGCUCUAUAUCUCUGAAUACAAGCCCAUUAGUUUUGAAGAUAAAGGUCAGAUUAUGGACAUGUACUCCGAAUACAAAAUAAUGGAUGUCCUCUGCCUCCAGAACGCAAAGCUAGCAAUUGACUUUAUUGAUAAAGAUGAUCAAGGAAUUUUCCGUACCCAAAAAUUUGAAGAUAAUUUCAUUAUCUCGAAAGGAGAGUGAAACAAUUGACUAAGAGAAAUUAUCAUAACAUGCCAGUGUGAGUGAAAAUAAAAGGCAGUAUUGUUCGAAUCAGUGCAAAAUUAAUGAUAUGAAAUUUCACAGUGUCAAAUGUAUACUCAAUUUACAAAAAUGCGCUUCUAGCCGAUGGAGCCAGAUUAUUCAUAAAAGUACUGAAGAAAUUAAGGAAGAGCAGAAAAAUAUUUCUGGGUUUAUUGAUGCCAUUGAUCAGAAAGAUAAAUUGGCUAAGUUAAAAUUGAAGUAUGAUGUAAUUAAAGAGUCAUCCCAAGGACAGUCAAAUGAAAGACAUUCAGGUCUUAAAGAUGUUGAAGAUACUUCAAAUUUAAAUUCAGUAUUUCACCUUUUUGUCAACUUACUCCCAAAUCUCACAAAGCAAGAAAUCUCUUUAACAAAAGAUGCUCUUUGUGUGCAUCUAAAUAACUUGAUCAAUCAGAUGUGGGUGGGAUCUGAAGAACAUUGUGUAGCUUGGGAUUUGAUCAAAUUAUUCAAGCUUCACUACAUCACUGAAGACUGUUCAAACCAUCCAGAGAACAUAAUAAAAUUCAUUCUUCACAAGCUGCAUCUUGAACUCACCAAGUCAGAUCCUGAAGAUGAACUUCUCGAUUCUAUUUCAUGGUUGAUAAAUCCAAAACUUGAAGAAUCGUUAAAUAAAGACAGUAUUAUAUCAACUCUUUUCAGGAUGACUGAGAAGGGAGAAUAUUCAUCAAAAGUCAAAUCUCAAGCUAGCUUCUACAUAUCGCUGGAUAUCCCAAACUACAGCAUGAUUUUCAACCAGUUGACUAAAGAAGGGACUAAUGGAAGGCUGAUCCUCAAGUUUAUGGACUUGACUACGAAUCAGAACGAAUACUGGUACGAGGAGUUCACCUACAAAAAUGGCCUCGAUACAAUAUUUGAAAUCGUCGCAAAAUACACGGAUAGGAAGCUUGGUACUGCAAUCAGUAGAGAGUAUGGGCAUAUCCAAUUUGAUUUCACUCCAAUCAAGAUCUUCUUAAUGCACCAGAAUGGGGAUAAACUCACAAGAGAAGAUUCAGAGGUUUACCCAGAUAGUGAAACUACAAUUAAUGAAUAUGUUGCCAAUAUCCUUGAUGACGAGUCUUACCAAGAUCAUGAUGGCAUUCUCUAUCUAAAUGGUUUCUGCACGAAAGCAGAGGGAUACUCUUUUGAAAUCGCCAUCAAAACUAGCAACUUACCAAUACCUAUUGAUGAAUCAAGCGAACUUGAAGCUCAAACAGCAAACCCUGAAAUCGAUAAACUUAGCUGAAAUGAAGAGGUAAAAAGUGAGAUAGCUCCUUUAACUGAACCAAUCCCUAUGAUUGUAGCAGAUGAUUCACAAAUUGACCCACAGAAGCCUUUAUCAAUGACUUUUGAUGAAUUGUUAACUUAUCAUGGUCGCAAAAUAUUUUAUGCUAAAUCAGGAUCUAUCGAAUCGAAGUCCAAGACGAUAGAUUCAUUAUCUCCUUACAGAAUAAUAUUCAUCAACAGAAGAAUCAAAAUAAACUAUGCUUACAAAUUGAAUAAAGUGAGAAUCAUUAGUUCUGAAUCUGACCCUUCCAAACCAUCAAAAUCAAUAUUGAAAAAGUCGCAUCCUCUUUUUGGAGAGUUUGUUGGUUGUCUGUUCAUCAAAAACUACGCUCUUGACCAAUACGAGUUCCUGGUCUACAACAACAAGCGUGGUCAGUAUGUUCAAUAUAGCGGGACUAAGCUCAUCAGCUACGAGUAUUUCAAAGAGAUUCCACAAGAAGUAUUCUCUAACGCGAUUGUACUGAUCUACAAAGAUCCAAAGAUGACUUAUGGAGAAAUCAGAGGUUUAUAA